CCUGCCCAGCAGCAGAAGAGAGACUGAGCUGGAGUGAGGGCAACUGGCAACUGUUUGCUCAGGUGUUAGCAAGAAUCAGACGGACAGUGAGUGGUCACAGCUGCUUUGAGCUCAGCACACUCAAUUUUCAGCUGUCUGUACUGCUGUCGGUGCAAAAACAGUUCCAUAUACUCCAUAAUCUCCAAGCGCAGAACGUGUGAGUGUGCUGGCCCCCAGCUGUAGUCGUUGCAGUGUGUUCAACUGCAGCUUUUUGGCUGAGACACAGGAAACAUGAGGCGACACAAAAGUUGGCCUUCUAUGCAGCUUGAUGUUGGAGCGUGCUUCAGAGGGAACUGUGGGUUUGACACAUCGAAGUGGCAUGGCCGUUUUCACACUUCACAGAUCAUCACAUGUAGCAUGGCAAGAGCUGGGAGAGGAAGCCCGCCGUGGCAGAUGAAAGAACGAGAGAAAUGAAAGCUCUGAGGAGGAGGAGAGGAAUAUUUGGGUUUUGUCCUCAUCUGCACCUCAGCAGAGUUACAUGUUGCCUCGUCGCAGCCAGAGAGCAGAGCGGCGAGCACAGACUGCCUGACCAAACAUAAAGAAGAAGCAAGACGAAGGGAAGUCUCAUCUCUCCUCUCCGGUGUCCAACCACCUUUUCUGAGAGGAAGAGGAGGAGGUGGAGGAGAAGGAGGAAGAGCAGUUUUCACACUGUCCUGACUCAGUUUGUCGCCUUGAGCGGAGGGAGCGGUAGAGGAUGCAAAGGAAACCGGAGGAGCUGAAAAGUUGGCUCUGUCUCACUCCGCUGUCCAUCCAUCCCACACAGCUGACCAAACUUUUUUUAAACCAGGAGGAGGAGGAGUAGGAGGAGGAGUAGGAGGAGGAGUAGGAGGAGGACGAGGAGGACUUUUGAGGGUGAGGAGGAAGGGGAGAGACAGCAUCCCUCACGCUGUUCACUUUUGUGCAGACGUGUUUUGGUCGGUCAGUAAGCAGGACCGUCCUUCCAGAGGCAACUACCCAUGUGGCAGGAGGCUCUGUGGACCCGAGGACGCUACCUGCUGGAGAAGAGCGAUGGCGGCGAGGGCGGCGAGGGCCCCGAGAUCCUGGGAGAUGGGUGUCCAGGGUUUCAGGGUGAGGUGUGCGUGGAGGGUGAGAAGCCCCAGGACUGGCUGUACGAGUCCUACUACAGAAUGAGCCAGCAGCAUCCGCUGAUCGUGUUCCUGCUGUUGAUCGUCAUGGGAACCUGCCUCGCACUGCUGGCUGUGUUCUUUGCUUCAGGACUGAAUACAGAGGACCACUUGACGUUCUUGAUCACGGUUCCCGCUGCUCUGUUCCUUUUCCUGUCCAUUUUCAUCCUCGUCUGCAUUGAGUCGGUCUUUAAGCGGAUGCUCGGCCUCUUCUCACUCCUUAUAUGGGCAUGUCUUGUCACCAUGGGUUACCUGUUCAUGUUCUCAGGAGGGAUACUCAGCCCCUGGGACCAGGUGUCCUUCUUCCUGUUUAUCGUGUUUGUUGUCUACACCAUGCUGCCCUUCUCCAUGAGAGGAGCCAUCAUCGCCAGUGCUAUCACCUGCUCCUCGCACACCGUCACCCUCAGCAUCUGUCUGGCCUCCAAAGUGUCAGAACUGGAACCUUUGGUCUGGCAGAUCUUAGCCAAUGUGAUCAUCUUCACCUGUGGAAACCUUGCCGGGGCAUACCACAAACACCUGAUGGACCUGGCUCUCAAACAGACUUAUCAGGACACCUGCAACUGCAUCAAGUCCCCCAUUAAACUGGAGUUUGAGAAGCACCAACAGGAGCGAUUACUCUUAUCCUUACUGCCGGCUCACAUAGCCAGGGUGAUGAAAGCUGAGAUCAUCCAGAGGUUGCAGGGACCAAACUUUGGUCGAACUGAGAGCACCAACAACUUCCACAACCUCUAUGUGCAACGGCACACCAAUGUCAGCAUUUUGUAUGCUGACAUUGUCGGCUUCACCAGACUGGCCAGCGACUGCUCCCCAGGUGAACUUGUGCACAUGCUGAAUGAGCUCUUCGGCAAAUUUGACCAGAUUGCAAAGGAAAAUGAAUGUAUGCGAAUCAAGAUCCUGGGAGAUUGUUACUACUGUGUGUCUGGUCUGCCUGAGUCGCUGCCUCACCACGCCAGGAACUGCGUGAAGAUGGGCUUGGAUAUGUGUGAGGCCAUCAAGAAGGUCCGAGACGCCACUGGAGUCGAUAUCAACAUGCGUGUUGGUGUUCAUUCUGGGAAUGUCCUGUGUGGUGUGAUUGGCCUACGGAAGUGGCAGUACGAUGUGUGGUCACAUGAUGUAACACUAGCCAACCAUAUGGAGGCGGGAGGUUUGCCAGGGAGGGUCCACAUCUCCUCCGUGACACUGGAGCACUUGAAGGGCUCAUAUAAGGUGGAGCCUGGAAACGGACAGAGCAGAGACUCCUACCUGAAGGAGCAUGGAGUGGUCACCUUCCUUGUCAUCAACCCCAAGACUGAGAGGCACAGCCCUCUGUUGGGCGUGCGCUCUCGUCCCUCUCUAGACGGCGGGAAGAUGAGAGCGUCUGUCAGAAUGACACGAUACCUGGAGUCCUGGGGCGCUGCCAAGCCCUUCGCUAACCUCCAUCAUCGAGAAAGCAUGACCACAGACAAUGGCAAGAUCAACACAACUGAUGUUCCAAUGGGGCAGUACCACUUCCAGACGAGACGAGAAAGGUCCAAAUCUCAAAGGAGGAGGUUUGAAGAAGAACUCAACGAGCGAAUGAUUCGCACCAUCGAUGGCAUCAACUCACAGAAACAGUGGCUCAAAUCUGAAGACAUCCAGAGGAUCUCAUUGUUCUUUCACAACAAAGCUCUUGAGAAAGAGUACAGAUCCACAACAUUGCCAGCCUUCAAGUACUACAUCACCUGUGCCUGCCUCAUAUUCUGCUGUAUAUUCAUAGUGCAGGUCCUCGUCUUGCCCAAAACUGCUGUGCUGGGGAUCUCCUUUGGCCUGGCAUUCCUGCUGCUGGCUUUGAUCCUGCUGCUUUGCUUUGCUGGUCAUAUUCUGCAGGGAAGGAAGGGCUCCUUCUGCUCUCUGACCUGGUUCCCCACUUCCUCUCGCAUCAUUGUCACCAAUAAUCCUUGGCUGCGAUUGGUCCUCACCAUGACGACCACUGCUCUCAUACUGGUGAUGGCCGUCUUCAAUAUGUUCUUUGUGGAGGAUCCUGGAGGAUCCACAGAGGACAGCCAAACAACUACUCCACCUGUGAAUCUAACUAACGACAGCCUGCCGGACUACGAGUGGGGAAACUCAGGAUUAAAACACAAGUUUUAUUUGCCAUACUUUAUCUACUGCUGUAUACUGGGCCUGGUGUCCUGCUCUGUGUUCCUGAGGAUCAACUAUGAGCUGAAGAUGGUAGUGAUGCUGGUUGCUGUGGUGAUCUACAACAUCAUCAUCCUGCAGACGCACGCCUCCCUGCUGGAUGGAUUUAGCAAAGCACCCUACCCCACCGAUACACUGAAUAGACCAGGAGUACUGAAGGAUCUGAAGACGAUGGGCUCCGUGUCUCUUUUUAUCUUCUUCAUCACUUUACUGGUGUUAGCCAGGCAGAAUGAAUAUUACUGUAGGUUGGACUUCCUGUGGAGAGACAAGUUCAAGAGGGAGUGCGAGGAGAUCGAAACCAUGGAGAACCUCAACCGGGUUCUGCUGGAGAACGUUUUACCUGCACAUGUUGCUGAACACUUCCUGGGACGCAACUGGAAAAAUGAGGACCUUUAUCAUCAGUCAUACGAGUCAGUGUGUGUGAUGUUCGCCUCCAUCCCAGACUUCAAAGAGUUUUAUACAGAGUCUGAUGUCAAUAAGGAAGGACUGGAGUGCCUCCGUCUUCUCAACGAGAUCAUAGCAGACUUUGAUGAGCUGCUGUCCAAACCGAAGUUCAGCGGCGUGGAGAAGAUAAAGACCAUCGGUAGCACCUACAUGGCUGCUACUGGACUCAAUGUGACACUGGGACCAGAGUGCACACAGGAACAUGACAGACAGUACAUGCACAUCGGCACCAUGGUGGAGUUUGCCUUUGCUCUUGUUGGGAAGCUGGAUGUCAUCAACAAACACUCCUUCAACGACUUCAGACUCAGAAUCGGGAUAAACCAUGGACCAGUUAUUGCAGGAGUUAUUGGUGCCCAGAAACCUCAGUAUGACAUCUGGGGAAACAGUGUGAAUGUGGCCAGUAGGAUGGAGACCACUGGUGUGCUGGGAAAAAUACAGGUGAGACGUCUUACAAAACCACAGGGGAAUGACCUCCAGCGUGCCUGUAAACUUCUUACUCUACCCAUGUUUUUUUCUGUCCAGGUAACAGAGGAGACGAGUGGUAUUUUAUCAACACUAGGGUACAUGUGUUCAUGUCGAGGCAUCAUAAACGUGAAGGGCAAAGGAGACCUGAAGACCUACUUUGUCCACACAGAGAUGACCCGAUCUCUGUCACAAGGGACCGUGAUGCCUUGAGCAUGCAACACUAAUGAACAAAUAAGACUUGAGAACACAAUCACACACUCUGUAACUCCGUGCUCCGUAACUAAAACCCAUUACCAAAAGCCAGCAGUAGACAAUUGUGGAAAACCAGUUUUGUCCUUAGCAACACAAUGAAGAGGAGAGCCGAAGCGCCGCGCCCCAGUCCUUCAACACUCACAUCAAGUGUAACAAGGACUUUACUCUGAGGAGUCUCUUCACUGUCUAAAGGAGUGCCUGACUAAAGAGAGGUCUUACUAAAUUGGUGCAGCUCUCAAGGAUCGCAGUCACCCGUCUGUACAAUAGUAGUGGUGUGGAGCUAAUUAACCAUGCCAGUGUUGCAGUGCGUCAGAGCCUUACACUUGAGCAAACUGAGCUGCCUGUCGAGCUUUUUUCUAUCUGCCUGGUUGGCACUGUGAGCCAGUUUUUUCCAUUUUAUUCUAAAUGGAUGUUACAAUAGUUUAUUGUCAUAUAGAGCAGUUGACGCCAACAAAUCGCUAGCGUGAUGGAUAGUUUGCCAAAACCUGUGAAUUGUAUUUAUAGCUUUAGAGCUGCGUUUGUGUCCCACCCAGGAGUAGGAGGACUCAGGCACAGUAUUCAAGAGGAAAAGUGGAGGUUUGUUUUUUAUAAUUCAUUUGGAAGCAGACCAUCAGCAAUGUGUGUAAAUGUUCACUGCCAUCUUUUUGUUAUUCAUUAAACAUUUGUAUAUAAAAUGACCUCAUCUGUCUUUGUGUGCUUGUUUUAGUGCUGUAAACACAAGUGCACCGUGACAGGCUGGUCACAGUACAAACACUGACAGGAUGUGCUCACAAUUGAGUCAAAGGCUUGUACGAUCAUUAGUUUGAAUGACUGGAGACAAUACAGGUUUUCAUGUGGCAGAUGUAUAUAAUGUAGUCAUCAGACGUAGUGACUGCUCUAAUAAUACUGAUCUCUAUCUUACAGUAGGGCCAGUAUCUAGAGUCUUGUGAUAUGUAGGAGAGUUUAGAUUAGAAGAUUAAUACCACUCUUAUUUCACUCUGUCAAAUAUAAAUCUAUAGCCAUCAGCUGGUUAGCUGAGCUUACCACAAAGACUGGAAAACAGCCUGCCUAAAGUGGCAUAUUAUCCCUUUAUAGCUUUUGAUUUGAGUACAGAUUUAACUUGCUAGCUAUAACAAGUCAAAGGGUAUUCCAAUAAGUAAAAGCCUGGGCCCUAUUUAGAUGUUUUGGUGUGUAAAUUAUUCAGACUUAACAAAGAUUUUGGAAUAAAUCCAGUCCAGCUGGCAGCUGUGACACAGCUUAAUUGGCUGCAUCAUAAUCCUUGAGGGUAACUGUCAAAGUUAGGUCUAUAAAAAGAGCUAAUUUUGUCCCUGACAGGCUGAGUUUGUUACGCUAAGCUUCUGUCUACAUUAAGGAAAUGAUUCACACAGAGAUAGACCUUCUUGUUAAAUAAUAACAUCCUUCUUGUUACCAGAAACACAAUUCUUGCUCAAGAAGAAAUCUCAUAUGAAAAUGUUGCAAGAGAUGAGUUGCUGAAGUAAGAUGACAGUGGAAAUGUGAGUAAGAGUUGGAGAGAGGAGUUUAUCCAGAGGAACUGCCAGGAAGCAGUGGUUA